CAGGCCGGAGGGCCAAGCAAAGCGGCGCUUGCGCAUUCGGCAGCUCGUGGGGCCGUUGCUCACCGAACAUUUCCAGAGAUUUGUUGUCUUGGGGCAAGCAGUUGCGUUAUCAACGGUGAGAAGACUGCAGCAGGUUGGACAUAGGGGACCAGGCUGCAAUACUGACUUUCGUAGUAGUUUGGAUACCCGCCUACUCCGGCGCCUUCCUAGCGACUCUCACCAGCUCAAAGCCCGCCCACGACGCGCACGGAGCGACCACUUCCGCCCUCACCUCCCUCGGUGCAAGAUGGCAGAGGAGCCGGAGUCUGCGCUGCAGCUCCCGCCCGCAACUGCUGCUGAGGGCGAUGGACCUACGGAGGUCUCCCCAGAAACUGCCACUCCGGAACCCCCUUCUUCCGCUUCAGUUUCCCCCGGAACAGAAGAACCUGCCGGUGACACCAAGAAAAAAAUUGACAUCCUACUAAAGGCUGUGGGAGACACACCUAUAAUGAAAACAAAGAAAUGGGCUGUAGAGCGAACCCGAACCAUCCAAGGACUCAUUGACUUCAUCAAAAAGUUUCUUAAACUUGUGGCUUCAGAACAGUUGUUUAUUUAUGUGAAUCAGUCCUUUGCCCCCUCUCCAGACCAGGAAGUUGGAACCCUCUAUGAGUGUUUUGGCAGUGAUGGUAAACUGGUCCUGCAUUACUGCAAAUCUCAGGCUUGGGGAUGAACUACAGAGGAACAGAUCUCACUAACUUAAAUCUACACAAAGGAAGCAGCUCUGAACAGUUUUGAUCUCAUGGCAAGAGACAUAGAUGUAAUCUAUUCAGCAUGUAUCUGCUGUGACCCAUGUUUAUACAUUUUAAAAAAUCCACAGAGUAGAUGGACCUACAAAAAUGUAAUUUGUGUUACUACACAAAUCAUCAUAAAAGGUUGACAUUAGAGUAUACCCAUUACUACAGCUAUUGCUUCAGAGCUGCCUCCAAGGUAUUAAAAAAGGAGACUAAGAUUAUGUAAAGCUGCUUUUAUUACCACUUCUCAAAAUGACUGAAAUUGUUUACUCAUAAAAUUAGCAUUCCUGCUGAUUUUUUUUUCCCUUCACUAUAAAAGUCAACUUACUAAAGUUUUCUUUGGGGACUUAUUCAGGGAAAUUCAUUUUAUUUGAGGUAUGGGAUACGUCUUUUCGCAUUUACUUUUCUAUCUACAUUACUGGCUUUAUUGCCUUACUUAGGCCAGCAGAGGGCAACCUAGCUGGUAGAAAGAGCUAGGCAGUUCGGUUUUACAUGUUUGCCAGAAGAUAAUAGCUAUUCCUGCUAAUUUCUAAGAAACACCUAGCCAAGAGGGUACAUAUGCUGACACAAUGGAAGACUGCUUUAAAGAAAAUAUGUGGUUUAGGUUUGUUUUAGUGGGAAACAGACGGAAUUUUAUAAAUUCUGGGCAGAUGAGUCAUCCAGCUCUUUUCAGUCCUUUCAUUUAAUGAUUGUUGAGUCCCAGGGAUUAUAACUGUGUUAUUAUUCUCUCUCUUACUUGUGCAGUGUCAAAAGCACUCUAUGAGUAAAUUUGGCAGCAUCUCUCGGUUUUAUAUAUUUUUCAACUUGAAAAUGCCCAAGGAAUAAUUGGAAAGUAGCUAGAUUUUAUGUGUAUUUCAUGCCAUGAUUGAAAGUACCAUUUUUACUGAUGCUAUUAAACUAAUAAUUGCUUUAAGUAAGGUUUAAUUUUUUUUAUUCUGUAUCAUUUUUGUAAUGCAACAUUUAAAAAAAUCCAUAAAUUGAGUGGAAUGUUCAAAUAAGAUCUAAUGUGUACAAGAAUUCUAAGUGUUUAUUUUCAAAGGUAAUGAGAAUGGUAUGAUUUUGUCAAAGGACUUUGAACUAUACUUAUAUCCGUUAAGUCCCAGAAUGUACUUUAGGGUUAAUGAUCUGCCGUACAUUAUCAUUAGGGGGUGCUAAGGAGCAACUCAUUUUAAGGUGAUGAAAUCACUGUUCAAUUCUCAUUUUCUGCCCAAGAAUGAAUUCCUAAGUCCCCUUAUACCUGUGUCUCUGUUUAAUAAAUUAAUACCGCAAGUA